AGGAACGUCACUGCCUCUGUUUAUGUACAAACACUUAAAAUAUUAGGACUGGACGACUCAUAAGGAUCCCGGAGGCUGCUCCGACGCGUUAUACGCCCAUUUGUAAACGUUCCGAUGAGCAGCUGCUGAGCUCAGCCGGGCACCAUGUCCUGCGGGAAGGUGAUCCCGCACACCCCGCUGGCUGUGGACUUCUGGCAGGUCCGCAAAUGUACGGGGGCUCGGCUCUUCUUCCUCUCCCACAUGCACAGCGACCACACGGCGGGGCUGAGCUCCACCUGGAGCGACAGGCCCAUCUACUGCUCCCCGAUCACCGCCUCUCUGCUCCGGCUGAAGCUGCAGGUGAAAGAAAAGUGGAUCCAUCCCCUGGAGCUGGGUGAGCCACACCUGCUCCCGCUGGAUGACAUUGGAAAGGAGACACUCACGGUCACACUCAUAGACGCUAACCACUGUCCAGGAGCGGUCAUGUUCCUGUUCGAAGGCUACUUUGGCACUAUCCUGUAUACUGGUGACUUCAGAUACACCCCUUCAAUGCUGCGGGAGCCGUGCUUUCAGACCAACACCGCCAUCGAUGUCCUGUACCUGGAUGACACCAACUGUGACCCCAACCGCACGUUGCCCACCAGACAGCGAGCCACACAACAGAUCAAAGAGAUCAUUCGCAGCCAUCCCCACCACGCUGUUGUCAUCGGUCUGUACGCGCUGGGUAAGGAGUCGCUGCUGCUGGAGCUGGCGCUGGAGUUUAAGACCUGGGUGGAGGUGAGCGUGGAGAGGAUGGAGACCCUCAGAGCUCUGGAGCUGCCUGACGUCUUCACCACCGAGCCCGGCGCCGGCCGCAUCCGCGCCGUCAAGCAGUGGGAGAUCUGCUCCGCCGCUCUGCGGGAGUGGAACAGGGAGCAGCCCACCUUGGCCAUCCUCCCCACCAGCAGGCCCCUGGUCUCCUUCCACCCCGACGUCUACGUCGUGCCCUUUUCGGACCACUCGUCCUACCAGGAGCUGGAGGAUUUCGUCGCCGCGCUCAGACCCGCCUCCGUGGUGCCGCUGCUGGCGAGCCAUCUGCCCGGCGGCCUCGCUGCGUUGCUCCCCAGCAGGAAGCGCCACGAAGUCCUGGUGCCCGAGUCGGUCAGGAACUACAUGCUGGGGCAGCCUGAGCAGCGGAGGCUCGACUCCUCGGCGUGCGCUCGCCUCCAUCGCAGGCACGUCCAGCAGCUCCCCCCCAGAGGAGUGAUCUUUGACUCCCCUGGUCAGGCGUGCAGUCCGGACGCCGUGCGGUCCGACUGUCUGCAGCUGCUGGAAGAGGAGAUGAACACCGACAGCAGCGAGGACGACUCCGACUGCAUCCUGGUGGACUUCAGCAAAAACAUCUCUCCAGACAGAAGCAGGAAAGCCGCCGGAGACCCGUGGAGGCUUGAUAUCAUCCGCACGGCGUCCGAUGAAACGGUAUCAGAGUUUGGUCAGCUCAGCCACAGCAGCUCUUCCUGUGUUGAGAUGAAAAAUAGCACAACCACAAAACGGCCUUUUGAAAGUGAAGCCCAGAUGAAAGCCGUUCGCCAGAAUGGACACCGACCGCCGCGGAGCCACAGCUCCCCGUCAGACGGGGAUAACGUGAGCCAGCACCGCGGGGUUGGUCAGAAUGACCCCGAAGAGGAGAGCAGCUCUUCCUCUGAGCGGCGCCGCAGUCGUUUAGAGCAGCUGGAAAUCGGCCUUUUGAAGAACCUGCCUUUCUCGAAGGAGGACAUGAAUCCCCGAGGCCUCCUGCCCAGGAGCUUCGUACUGCGGCAUCCUCUCACCCCUCAGAGCAAGACGACCUCUGUCAUCGUCUUCUCUUAGAAACCCGUUCGUGUCCCUCUGUGCCGAGAGACUGUCUGUCUACACUCUGUUGGGUCUCGAUCGGCGUGAAGUAAUUUCAUCCUAUUUAAAAAGGAACUGAUAUUUAGUUGUUUUUUUUUCCCCACAUUUGCUUGAGUAUUUGCCAAAUUGAACCAAAGUGGUAUUUGUGUUUGCUGCAGUCUGUGGAGUCCGCCUGAGCUGGAGAAUCAGAAGACGUCUCAGAGUCACUUUGUUUUUUUUCUCAAUCUGCCGUUGGUUUUGCUCGUGUCUCAGUCGUUACGUUAAGACGAUGGCCUUAUGUUUCAGUUCUUUCAGCGGCGUUUUACUUGAUGGAUGAUGGAGGAACAGCUUGGCUCAUCACUGUUUGCCUGGAUUGUCUGGACCGACAGUCCUCUUAAUGUUUUCUCUCAUAAUAAUUCAGCCAAGUUUGUUUUGCUGCUGCCUGAAUGGCCUCUAUCAUUCAGAGUUCUGUCCUUCGCCGUUACAUUUGUGAAGUUUCAUUGACUAAUUCCAGCAAUCAGUGGUUGUUUUGAUUGGAUUUUUUUUUUCAGAUUUGGAGCUCUGACGUGAUUGUUCAGCAGGUUUUUGAAGGUUUUGGUUAUGCACUAAGCCGGACGUGUCGUUGUCUCCAGUUCGUUGUGAAACUCACGUAGUGGUGUUGUUUUGUUCAGUCUGCAGUUCCAGACAGAUCAAUGACACUAAAGUCAAACACGUUACAGAUCUGAUCUAUUCAGUAUUGAUCAAGAGCACAGGAGGUGUAACAAUAAUAUAUUGCUCGUCCUCCAGGUGGCACUAUAGUACUGUUUCUGUUUCAAAUUGCACUACUGCUUAAAUAGUGUUUUUUUUUUUCUCCACAUUUAAACUUAAAUAAUCACUGAAGCUCACAGAGGAAGAAUACAUUUCUACCAAAACCUGUUCAAACUUUAAUCGUGUGUGUGUCUGUAAAAGAAUAUUGAUAUUGGAGGCAGCUGGUGAAUAUACUUGGAUAUGAAUCAUUUCUUUUCUUCCUUUAUUUAAAAACCUUCUUUUCCGUCCUCACUGAUCACCUGCAGUGUUUGAGUCACCGUCCUUCAUCUUUUUCCAGAGCACCAUGUAAAACAUUCAGUUUGUCCCCAAGAGAUCAGCGGCUCAAACAACAAAGUGACCUUUUUCUAACUUCUCCUAACUUCACCAGCUACACACAAACCGGGUUUACAGCUCAUUGUUAUUUGCCUGUCUGCGACGUUUUAACGUCACGUGACGUUUUGAUCUGAUGUGACGGCUGAGCUGUGGUGUUUGGAUCUGUCUCCUUUUCUGAUGUGAACCUUUCUCAUGUGCACCAUGUAAGUAUCCCAUCGAUGCUAAAACAAGAUUGUGAGUGACUCGUUUCCUCAA